AUGGAGGAAGAAGAAUAUGAGGAGGUUGUGGAGCGAGGGGAGCUGGAGGGCGAGGGGCGCCCCGACGCGGCCGCCUCCCCUCAGCGGCGGGACGGCGCCACCGUGCGGCCGCCAUUUGCUGUGUGGCCGCGGCUUGCGGCGAGCGUGGCGGCAGCGGGCGCCGCGUUUGUUCCUCGGCUCCUCUCCGAGCUGACUGGCGCCUCCGGCUGCUGCAAGCUGAGUGCCCUGGCCACGGCAAGCUGCCAGCGGGGAGCGAAGCCCACACAGCAACAAGACAUAGUCCUUGUUGGCUCUCCGGGGUCAGUUGCACUGCAGGUCCAGAAGGAAGAGAUGAGCAUGCUUUGCACCGUAAUGGAAUAUUACAUUGAAGAGACAACUAUUGAGGAGGAUGAACCAUAUGAGGUGGUCACUGAGAUCACUGAGACCAUUAGCACAGACUUCACAGGUCCUAAAACUACUACCUAUACUGUUGAACGUGAAAAAUCUGUUGAAGAUGAAGCACCUCCGGUCAGAAAGAAGACAAUACGGGCAAAAGUGGACCCAUCUAAGUUUUUGACACCUUACCUGCAGCACAGUAAUAAAAUGAAGGACCUGUUCAGUGAAAACAAGUAUAAAGAAAAAUUUAGAAAAGAAAGAGGAAAGCCAUAUGCUUCCACAGUUGAUACCCCAGAAAUUCGGAGAAUCAAGAAAGUGCAGGACCAGCUUAGUGAGGUUAAAUAUCGCAUGGCUGGUGAAGUUGCUAAAACUAUUUGCCACGUUGAUGAAAAGGCCAUGGAUAUAGAACAUGCAAAGAAGGUGUCACAGCAAGUGAGCAAGGUAUUAUAUAAACAGAAUUGGGAGGAGAAUAAGGACAAGUACCUGCUUCCCCCUGAUGCUCCAGAGCUUGUGAAUGCAAUAAAAAACACAGCAAUGUUCAGCAAGAAACUCUAUACUGAAGACUGGGAAGGAGACAAAACAUUAUUCUAUCCAUACAAUGACAGUCCGGAGCUCAGGAGGGUGGCUCAGGCUCAGAAGACUCUGAGUGAUAUUGUCUACAAAAAAGGGCAUGAUGAACGAAAAUCUAAAUAUACUCCUCUGCCAGACCCACCUGAUGUGGAACAAGCCAAGAAAGUGACAAGGCAGCAGAGUGAUAUUAUUUACCACGAGGACUAUAAAAACAAGAUCAAAGGCAAAUGGAGUCAAACUCCAUGCUAUGAUGUUGCAAUUGCGAGAAUGAACGCAGAAAAUCUAAGCAUGAGAAAAUACCAAGAAGACUUUGAAAACAUGAAAGACCAAAUCUACUUUAUGCAGACUGAAACUCCAGAAUAUGAAGCUAAUAAGCGAGUUUCAAAUAAUGUCAGUAAGAUAAAAUACAGAGCAGACUAUGAAAAGAACAAAGCUAUUGCAGAUUAUAACGUGCUUCCUGCUACAGAGAACCCAUUGCUGAGGCAAUUAAAAGCUGCAGGAAAUGUGCUGAGUGAUAAAUUAUACAAAGAAGCCUAUGAACAAUCAAAAGGAACCAGCAUUAAUUACUGUGACACACCAAAGUUCCAGACUGAUAGUGCUCUGAAGAAUUUUAGUGAUGUAAAAUACAAAGAUGCAUAUCAAAAGAAUAUUUUAGGACACUAUUUGGGCAGCUUUGAGGACCCACAUCAUAUACACUGCAUGAAAGUUGAAGCUAUGAAGAGCGAUAAAAAUUACAAAGCAGAAUAUGAAGAGGAAAAGACAAGAUGCUACUUCCCUCAGACCAUAACUCAGGAGUAUGAAGCAAUUAAGAAGUUAGAGCAGUGUAAAGAUCACACCUACAAAAAGCAUCCCGAUCAAACCAAGUUUACUCAAGUGACUGACUCUCCAGUACAGAAGCAAGCAGAGAUCAAUAGCAAGCAGCUAAGUGAUAUAAUAUAUAAAUCCAAAGGUGAAGAAAUUAUUCACAAGUACCACCUCCCUCCAGAUGUGCCCCAGUUUAUACAGGCUAAAGUUAAUGCCUACAAUAUUAGUGAUAACUAUUACAAAACAGGAUUGGAAGAAUUAAAAUCAAAGGGAUAUGAUCUAAAAAGUGAUGCUAUUCCUAUCCAAGCUGCCAAGGCUGCUAGGCAGGCUGUCAGCGAUGUUAACUAUAAAAAAGCCUAUGAACUUGCCAAGGGUAAACUUGUUGGCUUCAGGAGCAUCCAAGAUGAUCCCAAACUCGUUCAUUCUAUGAAGGUAGCCAAGAUGCAGUCUGAGCGAGAGUACAAGAAGGAUUAUGAGAAGACAAAAACUAAGUACAACAUUCCACUGGAUAUGGUCAAUGUUGUCGGUGCCAAGAAGGCUCAAGAGAUUGCCAGCAACUCUAAUUACAAGAACCUCCUCCACCACUAUACGUACUUACCAGAUGCAAUGAAUGUGGAGCUUACCAAGAAUAUGAUGGAGAUUCAGAGUGAUAAUGUAUACAAAGCUGAUUAUAAUAACUGGAUGAAAGGCAUUGGUUGGGUCCCCAUUGGCUCACGAGAAGUAGAAAAAGCUAAAAAAGCUGGAGAUGCCUUGAAUGAAAAGAAAUACCGCCAGCAUCCAGACACCAUUAAAUUUACAAGUGUGGUGGACUCUCCAGUAAUGGUCCAAGCCAAACAGAAUUCAGUUCAACUCAAUGAUAAACUAUAUAGGUCUUCUGGAGAGGAAGUUAAACAUAAAUAUACUCUGACUCCGGAUGUCCCACAGUUUAUCCAAGCUAGAUACAAUGCAGCUAAUGUCAGUGAUGCUUAUUAUAAACAAGGCUACCAUGAUCUAAUAGCUAAAGGGAACAAGGUGUCUCUUGAUGCUAUUUCCCUUACUCUAGCCAAGGCUUCGAGAAACAUUGCUAGUGAUUAUAAAUAUAAAGAAGCAUAUGAGAAGGCUAAAGGAAAACAGGUUGGUUUCAGAAGCCUGCAAGAUGAUCCUAAGCUUGUCCACUACAUGAAUGUAGCAAAGAUUCAGUCUGAGCGCGAGUACAAGAAAAACUAUGAGAAGACCAAGACUAACUAUCAUGCAACUCCUGACAUGUACAGUAUCCAGGCAGCUAAACAGUCUCAGGAUGUAGCUUCUAAUGCUCAUUACAAAAAACUGAUACAUCACUACACUUAUCUGCCAGAUGCCAUGGAUGUUGAGCUUGCAAAGAACAUGAUGCAAAUUCAGAGUGAUAAUGCAUACAAACAAGAGUAUAACAGCUGGUUCAAGGGCAUUGGAUGGAGUCCUCUUGGUUCUCUGGAUGUUGAAAAAGCUAAAAAAGCUGGGGAGGCGUUAAAUGAAAAGAAAUACCGUCAGCACCCAGACACCAUCAAAUUUACAAGUAUACCAGAUUCAAUGCCAAUGGUUUUAGCUCAGCACAACACCAAGCAACUGAGUGAUGUAACAUAUAAACAAGAGGGUGAAAAACUAAAACACAAAUAUACCCUGGAUCCUGAUGUUCCUCAGUUUAUUCAAGCCAGGGUCAAUGCCUACAAUUUGAGUGAUGCUAACUACAAAGCAGACUGGAAAAAGACCAUAGCCAAAGGAUAUGAUCUGAAACCAGAUGCCAUUCCUAUCAUUGCCGCUAAGGCUUCACGGAAUAUUGCAAGUGAUUACAAGUACAAGGAAUCAUAUGAGAAAGGUAAAGGCAAACAGGUUGGAUACCGUAGCCUGCAGGAUGAUCCUAAACUUGUUCAUUACAUGAAUGUGGCCAAAAUGCAAUCAGAUCGUGAAUACAAGAAGGAUUAUGAAGUCACCAAGACCAAAUAUCAUACUCCUUUGGAUAUGUUCAGCGUGACGGCUGCCAAGAAAGCCCAGGAAGUGAUUACGAAUACUGGCUAUAAACAGCCAAUUCACAAUUAUACACUCUUACCUGAUUCUGUGAAUCUGGAGCUAUCAAGAAAUGUGAUGCAGCUUCAGAGUGAUAAUGUGUACAAAGCAGACUUUAAUAACUGGUUGAGAGGAGUUGGCUGGGUACCAAUUCAGUCACUGGAUGUAGAAAAGGCCAGAAAAGCUACAGAGAUUCUCAGUGAGAAGAAGUACCGCCAGCACCCAGAUAAGCUGAAGUACUCCAUUACAAUGGAUGCAAUGGAGCAAGUGCUAGCUAAGCAAAAUGCCAAGACCAUGAAUAAGAGGCUCUACACUGAUAAAUGGAACAAAGAGAAGACCAGCAUUCAUGUUAUGCCAGAUACUCCAGAAAUUCUGCAGUCUAGGGUGAAUCAGAUCACAAUGAGUAAUAAACUUUACAAAGCUGGAUGGGAGGAAGACAAGAAGAAAGGUUAUGACUUGCAGCCGGACGCCAUUCCAAUAAAAGCAGCCAAAGCCUCCAGAGACAUUGCAAGUGAUUAUAACUACAAACUAGCCUAUGAAAAAGCGAAAGGAAAGCACAUUGGAUUCCGCAGCCUUGAAGAUGACCCCAAGUUGGUGCACUUCAUGCAGGUGGCUAAGAUGCAAUCUGAUCGUGAAUACAAAAAAGACUAUGAGAAAGCAAAGACUAAUUUCCAUACUCCAGUUGACAUGUUCAGUGUUGUGGCAGCCAAAAAAGCACAGGAAGUGGCUACAAAUGUAAACUACAAAAACUUGAUUCAUACCUACAGUGUUCUGCCUGAUGCUAUGAGUCUUGAAUUGGCCAAAACCAUGAUGCAGAUACAAAGUGAUAAUCAAUACAGAGCAGAAUAUGAUGAAAGUAUGAAGGGUGUUGGAUGGAUACCACUGGGCUCCUUGGAAGCCGAAAAGAAUAAGAAGGCAAUGGAAAUUGUUAGUGAAAAGAAGUAUCGCCAGCAUCCAGACAAGCUGAAGUAUUCUGUUCCUAUGGAUUCCAUGAACAUGGUCUUAGCUUUAAAUAAUGCUAAAAUCAUGGAUGAGCACAAGUACAAACAAGCAUGGGAAGAAGACAAAAAGAAAGUUCACAUCACACCAGAUAUUCCACAGAUUGCUUUGGCAAAAGUUAAUGCAUUUAAUCUAAGUGAUAAAAUGUACAGACUUUCAUUUGAAGAAUCUAGGAAGAAAGGGUAUGACCUCAGAGCUGAUGCUAUCCCUAUAAAAGCUGCCAAAGCUUCUAGGGAUAUUGCUAGUGAUUACAAAUACAAACUAGGUUAUGAACAAGACAAGGGAAAACUUGUAGGCUUCCGCAGUCUUCAGGAUGAUCCCAAACUUGUCCAUUAUAUGCAAGUGGCUAAGAUGCAGUCUGAUCGUGAGUACAAGAAAGGUUACGAGGCGAGCAAGACACAUUACCAUACGCCUUCUGAUACGCUCAGCAUUGUAGCAGCUAAGGAGGCACAAGAUCGCAUAACCAAUACUAAAUACAAACGACUGAUUCACCAAUAUAUGCUACUACCAGAUGCAAUGAGCUUAGAACUGUACAGAAACAUGAACCAGAUACAAAGCGCCAAUGAGUACAAGCAGGAAUAUAAUGAGUGUUUCAAGGGUAUUGGUUGGAGUCCUGCUGGCUCUCUGGAUGUGGAGAAAUCUAAGAAAGCCACGGAAAUUGCAAGUGAUCAGAAAUACCGCCAGCAUCCCAGCAUGUUCCGCUUUACAAAACAGAACGAUUCCAUGGACAUGGUCCUUGCAAAGCAGAAUGCAAAUAUAAUGAACAAACAUGCUUAUACUCAAUCUUGGGAGAAGGAUAAAAUUCAGGUUCAUGUAAUGCCAGAUACACCAGAUAUUCUACAGGCAAAACAGAACAAGGCGAACUACAGUCAGAAACUGUACAAGCUUGGCUGGGAGGAGAUGAUAAAGAAAGGCUAUGACCUGACACCUGAAGCCAUUUCGGUGAAAACUGCCAAAGCUUCAAGGGACAUUGCAAGUGAUUACAAGUACAAAGAAGGUUACCGCAAGCAGCAGGGACAUCACAUUGGAUUUCGCAGCUUACAGGAUGAUCCUAAGAUGCUGUGGUCUAUGCAAGUUGCUAAGAUGCAGAGUGAGAGGGAGUACAAGAAAGAUUUUGAAAAGUGGAAGACAAAGUUUAAUAUGCCUGUGGAUAUGUUGGGCUUCCUUCUGGCUAAGAAAUGCCAGGAAUUGGUUAGUGAUGUAGACUACAAACGAAUGCUGCACCGCUGGACUUGUCUGCCAGACCAGAUUGAUGUAGAAGAGGCAAAGAGGGUCUACGAACUGCAGAGUGAUAAUGUGUACAAGUCUGACCUUAUGUGGCUGAGGGGCAUUGGCUGGUCCCCGAUGGGUUCACUGGACGAUGAGAAGAACAAGAGGGCGAGCCUCAUCCUGAGUGACAAGAAGUAUCGGCAACACCCGGACACCAUCAAAUUCACGAGCCUUCCCGACUCAAUGCCCAUGGUUCUGGCGAAGCACAACUCUGAAAUCAUGAACCAACGUGCGUACACGUCAGCCUGGGAGAAAGAUAAAACCAGCGUUCACAUUAUGCCGGAUACACCUGGUAUUUUGCUGGCCCAGCAGAACAAAGUGAACUACAGUGAGAAACUGUACCGGCUUGCGAUGGAGGAAGAUAAGAAAAAGGGCUAUGACAUGCGGGCAGAUGCCAUUCCUAUCACAUCUGCUAAAGCUUCCAGAGACAUUGCAAGUGACUACAAGUACAAGGAAGGCUAUCGCAAGCAGCUUGGCCACCACAUAGGAGCCCGUAACAUAGAGGAUGAUCCGAAGAUGAUGUGGUCAAUGCACGUAGCCAAGAUCCAGAGUGACAGGGAGUACAAGAAAGCCUUUGAGAAGACAAAGACGCACUUCAGUAGCCCAGUGGACAUGCUGGGAAUCGUGUUGGCCAAGAAAUGUCAGGAGCUGGUCAGUGACAUUGAUUACAAGCACCCUCUGCAUCGCUGGACCUGUCUGCCAGACCAGAACGACGUUGUACAAGCCAGGAAAGUGUAUGACCUCCAGAGCGAUAAUGUGUACAAGUCUGACCUUAUGUGGCUGAGGGGCAUUGGCUGGUCCCCGAUAGGUUCGCUGGACGAUGAGAAGAACAAGAGGGCGAGCCUCAUCCUGAGUGACAAGAAAUAUCGGCAACACCCGGACACCAUCAAAUUCACGAGCCUUCCCGACUCAAUGCCCAUGGUUCUGGCGAAGCACAACUCUGAAAUCAUGAACCAACGUGCGUACACGUCAGCCUGGGAGAAAGAUAAAACCAGCGUUCACAUUAUGCCGGAUACACCUGGUAUUUUGCUGGCCCAGCAGAACAAAGUGAACUACAGUGAGAAACUGUACCGGCUUGCGAUGGAGGAAGAUAAGAAAAAGGGCUACGACAUGCGGGCAGAUGCCAUUCCUAUCACAUCUGCUAAAGCUUCCAGAGACAUUGCAAGCGAUUACAAGUACAAGGAAGGCUAUCGCAAGCAGCUUGGCCACCACAUAGGAGCCCGUAACAUAGAGGAUGAUCCGAAGAUGAUGUGGUCAAUGCACGUAGCCAAGAUCCAGAGUGACAGGGAGUACAAGAAAGCCUUUGAGAAGACAAAGACGCACUUCAGUAGCCCAGUGGACAUGCUGGGAAUCGUGUUGGCCAAGAAAUGUCAGGAGCUGGUCAGUGACAUUGAUUACAAGCACCCUCUGCAUCGCUGGACCUGUCUGCCAGACCAGAACGACGUUGUACAAGCCAGGAAAGUGUAUGACCUCCAGAGCGAUAAUGUGUACAAGUCUGACCUUAUGUGGCUGAGGGGCAUUGGCUGGUCCCCGAUGGGUUCACUGGACGAUGAGAAGAACAAGAGGGCGAGCCUCAUCCUGAGUGACAAGAAGUAUCGGCAACACCCGGACACCAUCAAAUUCACGAGCCUUCCCGACUCAAUGCCCAUGGUUCUGGCGAAGCACAACUCUGAAAUCAUGAACCAACGUGCGUACACGUCAGCCUGGGAGAAAGAUAAAACCAGCGUUCACAUUAUGCCGGAUACACCUGGUAUUUUGCUGGCCCAGCAGAACAAAGUGAACUACAGUGAGAAACUGUACCGGCUUGCGAUGGAGGAAGAUAAGAAAAAGGGCUACGACAUGCGGGCAGAUGCCAUUCCUAUCACAUCUGCUAAAGCUUCCAGAGACAUUGCAAGCGAUUACAAGUACAAGGAAGGCUAUCGCAAGCAGCUUGGCCACCACAUAGGAGCCCGUAACAUAGAGGAUGAUCCGAAGAUGAUGUGGUCAAUGCACGUAGCCAAGAUCCAGAGUGACAGGGAGUACAAGAAAGCCUUUGAGAAGACAAAGACGCACUUCAGUAGCCCAGUGGACAUGCUGGGAAUCGUGUUGGCCAAGAAAUGUCAGGAGCUGGUCAGUGACAUUGAUUACAAGCACCCUCUGCAUCGCUGGACCUGUCUGCCAGACCAGAACGACGUUGUACAAGCCAGGAAAGUGUAUGACCUCCAGAGCGAUAAUGUGUACAAGUCUGACCUUAUGUGGCUGAGGGGCAUUGGCUGGUCCCCGAUGGGUUCACUGGACGAUGAGAAGAACAAGAGGGCGAGCCUCAUCCUGAGUGACAAGAAGUAUCGGCAACACCCGGACACCAUCAAAUUCACGAGCCUUCCCGACUCAAUGCCCAUGGUUCUGGCGAAGCACAACUCUGAAAUCAUGAACCAACGUGCGUACACGUCAGCCUGGGAGAAAGAUAAAACCAGCGUUCACAUUAUGCCGGAUACACCUGGUAUUUUGCUGGCCCAGCAGAACAAAGUGAACUACAGUGAGAAACUGUACCGGCUUGCGAUGGAGGAAGAUAAGAAAAAGGGCUAUGACAUGCGGGCAGAUGCCAUUCCUAUCACAUCUGCUAAAGCUUCCAGAGACAUUGCAAGCGAUUACAAGUACAAGGAAGGCUAUCGCAAGCAGCUUGGCCACCACAUAGGAGCCCGUAACAUAGAGGAUGAUCCGAAGAUGAUGUGGUCAAUGCACGUAGCCAAGAUCCAGAGUGACAGGGAGUACAAGAAAGCGUUUGAGAAGACAAAGACACACUUCAGUAGCCCAGUGGACAUGCUGGGAAUCGUGUUGGCCAAGAAAUGUCAGGAGCUGGUCAGUGACAUUGAUUACAAGCACCCUCUGCAUCGCUGGACCUGUCUGCCAGACCAGAACGACGUUGUACAAGCCAGGAAAGUGUAUGACCUCCAGAGCGAUAAUGUGUACAAGUCUGACCUUAUGUGGCUGAGGGGCAUUGGCUGGUCCCCGAUGGGUUCACUGGACGAUGAGAAGAACAAGAGGGCGAGCCUCAUCCUGAGUGACAAGAAGUAUCGGCAACACCCGGACACCAUCAAAUUCACGAGCCUUCCCGACUCAAUGCCCAUGGUUCUGGCGAAGCACAACUCUGAAAUCAUGAACCAACGUGCGUACACGUCAGCCUGGGAGAAAGAUAAAACCAGCGUUCACAUUAUGCCGGAUACACCUGGUAUUUUGCUGGCCCAGCAGAACAAAGUGAACUACAGUGAGAAACUGUACCGGCUUGCGAUGGAGGAAGAUAAGAAAAAGGGCUACGACAUGCGGGCAGAUGCCAUUCCUAUCACAUCUGCUAAAGCUUCCAGAGACAUUGCAAGUGACUACAAGUACAAGGAAGGCUAUCGCAAGCAGCUUGGCCACCAUAUUGGAGCCCGUAACAUAGAGGAUGAUCCGAAGAUGAUGUGGUCAAUGCACGUAGCCAUGAUCCAGAGUGACAGGGAGUACAAGAAAGCUUUUGAGAAGACAAAGACACACUUCAGCAGCCCAGUGGACAUGCUGGGAAUCGUGUUGGCCAAGAAAUGUCAGGAGAUGGUCAGUGACAUUGAUUACCGCCACUAUCUGCAUCAGUGGACUUGUCUUCCAGACCAGAAUGAUGUUAUCCAUGCUAGACAAGCCUACGAUCUACAGAGUGAUAACUGCUACAAGUCUGACCUUGGAUGGUUACGAGGCAUUGGUUGGAUUCCAAUUGGUUCCCCAGAAGUUGAAAAAGCCAAAAAGGCAGGAGAGAUCCUGAGUGAUAAAGUAUACCGUCAGCCUCCGGACACAAUUAAGUUUACUAGCAUCACUGAUUCUAUACCAAUGGUCUUAGCCAAGCAGAAUGCAGAGACGAUGAAUAAGCGUUUAUAUACUGAGGCCUGGGAUAAAGACAAGACACAAAUCCACGUAAUGCCUGACACUCCUGAAAUCACACUGGCAAAACAGAACAUGCAAAACUACAGUGUGAAACUCUACAAACAGGCCAUGGAAGAAGAGAAAAAGAAAGGCUAUGAUUUGAGAAGUGAUGCUAUCCCUAUCCAAGCUGCCAAAGCAUCCAGGCUAAUUGCCAGUGAUUACAAGUACAAGGAAGGCUAUCGCAAGCAGCUUGGCCACCAUAUUGGAGCCCGUAACAUAGAGGAUGAUCCAAAGAUGAUGUGGUCAAUGCACGUAGCCAAGAUCCAGAGUGACAGGGAGUACAAGAAAGCCUUUGAGAAGACAAAGACACACUUCAGUAGCCCAGUGGACAUGCUGGGAAUCGUGUUGGCCAAGAAAUGUCAGGAGCUGGUCAGUGACAUUGAUUACCGCCACUAUCUGCAUCAGUGGAUCUGUCUUCCGGACCAGAAUGAUGUUAUCCAUGCUAGGCAAGCCUAUGAUCUACAGAGUGAUCACUGCUACAAGUCUGACCUGGAAUGGUUACGAGGCAUUGGUUGGAUUCCAAUUGGUUCCCCAGAAGUUGAAAAAGCCAAAAAGGCAGGAGAGAUACUGAGUGAUAAAGUAUACCGUCAGCCUCCGGACACAAUUAAGUUUACUAGCAUCACUGAUUCUGUACCAAUGGUCUUAGCCAAGCAGAAUGCAGAGACAAUGAAUAAGCGUUUAUACACUGAAGCAUGGAAUAAAGAUAAGACUAUGAUUCAUGUCAUGCCUGACACACCAGAAAUCCUGCUAGCUAAACAAAACCAGAUAAACUACAGUCAGAAAAUAUACAAGCUAGCUUUGGAGGAGUCGAAGAAGAAGGGUCAUGAUUUGCGUUUUGAUGCCAUUCCUAUUCAAUCUGCCAAAGCAUCCAGAGAGAUUGCCAGUGAUUACAAAUAUAAAGAAGGCUAUCGCAAGCAGCUUGGCCACCACAUAGGAGCCCGUAACAUAGAGGAUGAUCCGAAGAUGAUGUGGUCAAUGCACGUAGCCAAGAUCCAGAGUGACAGGGAGUACAAGAAGGCUUUUGAGAAGACAAAGACGCACUUCAGUAGCCCAGUGGACAUGCUAGGAAUUGUGUUAGCCAAGAAAUGUCAGGGGCUGGUCAGCGACAUUGAUUACCGCCAUUAUCUGCACCAGUGGAUCUGUCUACCGGACCAGAAUGAUGUUAUCCAUGCUAAGAAAGCCUAUGAUCUACAGAGUGAUGCGGUUUACAAAUCAGACCUGGAGUGGCUAAGAGGUAUUGGAUGGGUUCCUAUUGGUUCUGUGGAAGUUGAAAAGGCCAAGAAAGCUGGAGAAAUCCUGAGUGAAAGGAAGUAUCGUCAACCAGCAGACCAAAUUAAAUUCACUAGUGUGACAGAUUCUUUGGCCAUGGUCUUAGCCAAGCAAAAUGCUGAGAUAAUGAACAGGCGGUUGUACACAGAAGCUUGGGAUGCAGACAAAACUUCAAUUCAUGUGAUGCCUGACACACCAUCAAUUUUGUUAGCAAAGGCCAAUGCAGCUAACGUUAGCCAUAAACUUUAUAUACAAGCCUGGGAAGAUGCCAAAAAGAAGGGUUAUGACAUGAGAGCUGAUGCUAUUCCAUUCCGAAGUGCAAAGGCAUCAAGAGAUAUUGCAAGCGACUACAAGUACAAAGAAACAUACGAGAAGCAGAAAGGCCACUACAUUGGGUGCAAAACUGCCCAGGAGGAUCCCAAACUGUCGUGGGCUGCGCGUGCCAUGCAGCUGCAGAAUGACCGAAUUUACAGGAAGGCGUACCAUGAUUCGAAGUCCCAGGUCCACAUACCAGUCGAUGCGAUGUCAGUGCAGGCAGCCAAGGAUUGCCAGACAUUAGUCAGUGAUAUUGACUAUCGUCAGUACCUUCACCAGUGGACGUGUCUGCCUGACCAGAAUGAUGUGAUCCAUGCCAGGAAGGCCUACGAUCUACAGAGCGAUAAUGUGUACAAGUCAGAUCUGGAAUGGCUGCGAGGCAUCGGCUGGUUGACAGAAGGUUCUGUGGAUGUGGUGAAAGCAAAGAAAGCCCAGGAACUCCUGAAUGAGAGGUUGUACCGCACGCGUCCAGAUGAGAUGAAAUUCACCAGCAUUACUGACUCACCAGACAUUGUCCAGGCUAAGAUUAACGCUUUGCAGAUCAGUGACCACCUGUAUCGUGAAAACUGGGACAGAGAUAAGACACAGAUUUCCAUACCUUCUGAUACUCCUGUAAUGCUGCAGUCCAAAGUCAACGCUCUCAACAUCAGCAAUAAACACUAUCAGAAGGCCUGGGAUGAGGCCAAGGCAAAAAGCUAUGACCUGAGAGCUGAUGCCAUUCCCAUCAAACAUGCCAAGGCAUCCAGAGACAUUGCUAGUGAGUACAAGUACAAAGAAACACAUGAGAAGCAGAAAGGCCAUUACAUUGGGUGCAAAACUGCCCAGGAGGAUCCCAAACUGUCGUGGGCUGCGCGUGCCAUGCAGCUGCAGAAUGACCGAAUUUACAGGAAGGCGUACCAUGAUUCGAAGUCCCAGGUCCACAUACCAGUCGAUGCGAUGUCAGUGCAGGCAGCCAAGGAUUGCCAGACAUUAGUCAGUGAUAUUGACUAUCGUCAGUACCUUCACCAGUGGACGUGUCUGCCUGACCAGAAUGAUGUGAUCCAUGCCAGGAAGGCCUACGAUCUACAGAGCGAUAAUGUGUACAAGUCAGAUCUGGAAUGGCUGCGAGGCAUCGGCUGGUUGACAGAAGGUUCUGUGGAUGUGGUGAAAGCAAAGAAAGCCCAGGAACUCCUGAAUGAGAGGUUGUACCGCACGCGUCCAGAUGAGAUGAAAUUCACCAGCAUUACUGACUCACCAGACAUUGUCCAGGCUAAGAUUAACGCUUUGCAGAUCAGUGACCACCUGUAUCGUGAAAACUGGGACAGAGAUAAGACACAGAUUUCCAUACCUUCUGAUACUCCUGUAAUGCUGCAGUCCAAAGUCAACGCUCUCAACAUCAGCAAUAAACACUAUCAGAAGGCCUGGGAUGAGGCCAAGGCAAAAAGCUAUGACCUGAGAGCUGAUGCCAUUCCCAUCAAACAUGCCAAGGCAUCCAGAGACAUUGCUAGUGAGUACAAGUACAAAGAAACACAUGAGAAGCAGAAAGGCCAUUACAUUGGGUGCAAAACUGCCCAGGAGGAUCCCAAACUGUCGUGGGCUGCGCGUGCCAUGCAGCUGCAGAAUGACCGAAUUUACAGGAAGGCGUACCAUGAUUCGAAGUCCCAGGUCCACAUACCAGUCGAUGCGAUGUCAGUGCAGGCAGCCAAGGAUUGCCAGACAUUAGUCAGUGAUAUUGACUAUCGUCAGUACCUUCACCAGUGGACGUGUCUGCCUGACCAGAAUGAUGUGAUCCAUGCCAGGAAGGCCUACGAUCUACAGAGCGAUAAUGUGUACAAGUCAGAUCUGGAAUGGCUGCGAGGCAUCGGCUGGUUGACAGAAGGUUCUGUGGAUGUGGUGAAAGCAAAGAAAGCCCAGGAACUCCUGAAUGAGAGGUUGUACCGCACGCGUCCAGAUGAGAUGAAAUUCACCAGCAUUACUGACUCACCAGACAUUGUCCAGGCUAAGAUUAACGCUUUGCAGAUCAGUGACCACCUGUAUCGUGAAAACUGGGACAGAGAUAAGACACAGAUUUCCAUACCUUCUGAUACUCCUGUAAUGCUGCAGUCCAAAGUCAACGCUCUCAACAUCAGCAAUAAACACUAUCAGAAGGCCUGGGAUGAGGCCAAGGCAAAAAGCUAUGACCUGAGAGCUGAUGCCAUUCCCAUCAAACAUGCCAAGGCAUCCAGAGACAUUGCUAGUGAGUACAAGUACAAAGAAACACAUGAGAAGCAGAAAGGCCAUUACAUUGGGUGCAAAACUGCCCAGGAGGAUCCCAAACUGUCGUGGGCUGCGCGUGCCAUGCAGCUGCAGAAUGACCGAAUUUACAGGAAGGCGUACCAUGAUUCGAAGUCCCAGGUCCACAUACCAGUCGAUGCGAUGUCAGUGCAGGCAGCCAAGGAUUGCCAGACAUUAGUCAGUGAUAUUGACUAUCGUCAGUACCUUCACCAGUGGACGUGUCUGCCUGACCAGAAUGAUGUGAUCCAUGCCAGGAAGGCCUACGAUCUACAGAGCGAUGCUGUCUAUAAGUCAGACCUAGAGUGGCUCCGUGGAAUUGGCUGGUUGCCUAAUGACUCUCCGGUUGUUAAGAGAGUGAAGCAUGCCCAGGAUCUCCUGAGUGAUAAUGUGUAUCGUACACCUAUUGAAAGCCUGAAAUACACCAGUAUUGUUGAUUCUCCAGAUGUUCUGCUAGCUAAAGCGAAUGCCGAACAAGUCAGCAUUCCAAAAUACAAAGAAGCCUGGGAAAAGGACAAGACUAUGAUCCAUAUUAUGCCAGACACACCUGAAAUCAACCUAGCCAAGACUAAUGCUGCUAAUUUUAGUCAGAAACUGUAUAAAGAAGCUUGGGAUGAGUUGAAGACGAGUUGUGAUUUGAGAGCGGAUGCAAUCCCAAUCAAGACAGCCAAAGCUUCUAGAGAAAUUGCUAGUGAUUAUAAAUACAAACUGGAUCACGAGAAGCAGAAAGGACAUUAUGUUGGAGUUCCAAAUGCAGAAGCAGAUUCGAAAAUGCAGUUUGCCCUCGGCAUAGGCAAAGUUCAAAGUGAACUGGAAUACAAGAGACAUUUUGCCAAAUGGAAGACACAGUGCCACCUACCAGUAGACAUGCUAUCUAUCGUGUCAGCUAAACAGGGUCAGUCUUUGGUCAGUGAUGUUGAUUACCGUCAAUACUUGCAUCAGUGGAUCUGUCUUCCAGAUCAGAAUGACGUCAUACAUGCUAGGAAGGCCUACGAUCUCCAGAGUGAUGCUGUUUACAAAUCUGAUUUAGAAUGGCUACGGGGAAUUGGGUGGUUGCCAAAUGAUUCAGUUGGAAUCAACCAUGUCAAAUAUGCUGGAGAUCUCUUGAAUGAGAGAAAGUACCGUACGAAACCUGAAACUCUUUCAUUUACUCCAGUGGAGGACCGAGUUGAUUAUAUCACAGCAAAGAAGAGUGGUGAAAUUCGUAGUGAUAUUAAAUACCACAAAGCAUGGAAUGAGGUCAAGUCAAAUUAUACUCUAACAGAUACACCACAGCUAGAUAUGGCCCGAGAAGCAGCCAGAAUUCUUAAUCAGAAUUUAUACAAGGAAAACUGGGAGAAAGAAAAAGCCACUGGUUACCUCUUACCUCCUGACACUGUGCAAAUCUGUCACGCCAAACACUCAAAUGAUGUCCAAAGUGAGCUUAAAUACAAAGCUGAAUAUGUCAAACAAAGAGGUCACUAUGUUGGAGUUGCCAGCAUGAGAGAUGAUCCAAAACUGGUGUGGUUUGAGCACGCGGGUGAGAUCCAGAAUGACAGACUGUACAAAUCAGACUAUCACAAGACAAAAUCCAAAAUUCACCUCCCUCCGGAUAUGGUGUCAGUUGUGGCAGCAAAGGAAUGUCAGACCUUGGUCAGCGAUAUUGACUACCGCCAAUACCUGCAUGAAUGGACAUGCCAUCCUGACCAGAAUGACUGUAUUCAGGCAAGGAAGGCCUAUGAUCUGCAAAGUGAUAAUAUUUAUAAGUCUGAUUUGGAAUGGCUUCGUGGCUGUGGUUGGAUUCCUCUGGAUUCAGUGGAACACAAGAAAGUUAAGAAUGCACAAGAACUGAUAAAUAAGAGAGCAUAUACGAAAGAAGCCCUUGAUAACUUUUCCAAUUAUACCAGUGUGGUUGACACUCCUGACAUUGUUUUGGCGAAGGUUAACUCUGUCAAUCAGAGUGAUAUAAAAUACAAAGAAACAUUUAACCUUGAGAAAGGCCAGUAUAUUGGGUCUGAUGAUACUCCUGCGCUGAACCAUGCCAAAGACAUGUCCUUGCUAUACAGUGAUAAACGUUAUAAAAAUGCUUGGGAAAUUAGCAAGCCCAUUGGUUAUUCUUUGGAUGAGAAAUAUAUUCCACUUGUUGGAGCAAAGCAUGCAAACUACAUAAAUAGUGAGCUUAAAUAUAAGGAAAUAUAUGAGAAGCUGAAAGGCCAUUACCUGGCUGGGAAGGAGAUUGAUGAUUUCCCCAGUGUCAUUCAUUCACUAGCAUUCCAGAAAAUGAGAAGUGCGUUGGCCUACAGAAAGAAUUAUGAAGACACCAAAACAAACGUCCAUAUUCCAAGUGACAUGAUGAAUCAUGUGCUAGCCAAGAAGUGCCAAUAUAUCCUCAGUGAUCUCGAAUACAGAACUUACUUGCAUCAAUGGAAUUGUUCACCUGAAGAAAAUGAUGUUAUUCAAGCCAAAAGAGCCCAGGAAAUUUUGAGUGAUGUGGUGUAUAAAGAUGACUUAAAUUGGCUGAAGGGACUUGGAUGUUAUGUCUGGGAUACUCCACAAAUCCUGCAUGCUAAAAAAUCAUAUGACCUCCAGAGCCAAAUAAAAUACACAGCUGCAGGAAAAGAGAAUUUUCAGAACUUUGGAGUUGUUACUGACACACCUCUCUACGUAACUGCAGUGCAGAGUGCUAUAAAUGCCAGUGAUGUCAAAUACAAAGAAGAUUUCCACAAAACUAAGGACAAGUAUACAACUGUGACUGAAACAGUAGAUUCUGAAAGAGUUAAUAAUUUGAAAAAUCUCUUUAGCAAUAACCUCUACAAGAGAGCUUGGGAAAAAGUGAAAGCGACUAGCUAUGCAAUGCCCUCUGAUGCUGUAUCCCUAGCACGCGCAAAAGAACUGAAGCAUAACGCUAGUAUUGUAAAAUACCGGGAAGAAUAUGACAAGUUUAAAGCACUGUACACAUUACCCAGGGGUGUUGAGGAUGACCCUAAUACAGCAAGGUGCCUUAGAGUUGGGAAGCUUAAUAUUGAUCGUCUGUACAAGGAAGUCUAUGAAAAGAAUAAAGCCAAAGUCCACAUUAUUCCAGACAUGGUAGACAUAAUUUCUGCUAAGGAUGCACAGAAGAAAAUCAGUGAAAUCGAUUACCGCACACAUCUCCAUGACUGGAUCUGUCUACCCGAUCUUCAAAUCAAUGCCCAUGUUCGGAAAGUAACUGAUCAAGUCAGUGAUGUGGUAUACAAGGAUGACCUUAACUGGCUGAAAGGCAUUGGCUGCUUUGUUUGGGACACUCCUGAAAUUCUCCAUGCCAAACAUGCCUACGAUCUUCGCAAUGAUAUUAAGUACAAAUCUAAGGCAGAAAAGAUGAAGAAUGACUACACUGUGGUCACAGACACUCCUGUCUACGUCCAGAAUGUUCUCAGUGGCUUGAAUUCAAGUGAAGCUGUCUAUCGUAGUGAAUAUCUGCACAACGUUAAAGGCAAAAUGAUUCCCACUGAUAAAACAGUAGAUUUGGAGCGGGCGUAUCAUGCAAACAAAAUACAGAGUGAAAAUUUGUAUCGCUGGGCUGGUGUGAAUGCCCUGCCUACUGGAUACAGCCUUCCCACAGACACCCCCAGCUUUCAGCAUGCUAAACAUGUCCAAUACAUUGGAAGUGAUUUGAAAUAUAAAGAAGCCUAUGAACACAUGAAAGCUAAAGGCUAUACUCUGGGACCUAACGAUGUUGGGUUUGAAAAUGUGAAGAAAGUGAAUCAAGUCAUUAAUGAGAGGUUGUAUCGGGCAACAUACCACAAGUACAAGGAUAAGAUUCAUACCACUCCAGACACACCAGAAAUCCGUCAAGUCAGAGCAACACAGGAAGCUGUCAGCUAUCUGAUCUACAAGUCAGAUUUCUUUAGGAUGCAGGGACACUUGAUUUCUUUGCCAUACACUCCCCAGGUGUUGCACUGCCGCUAUGUUGGGGACAUCACAAGUGAUAAUAAAUACAAAGAAGAUCUGAAGUGGUUGAAGGGCUUGGGUUGCUUCCUGUAUGAUACUCCUGAUAUGGUUCGUGCUCGUCAUCUGCGUAAGCUUUGGUCUAAUUAUAUAUACACUGAUACUGCAAAGAAGAUGUGGGCUAAAUGCAACAUAGUAUUGGAUACUCCUGGGUACAGAGCGGUUCAGGAACUAAAAACUCAUCUGAGUGAACUGGUUUAUAGAGCUGCAGGCAAGGAGCUGAAGACAAAAUACACUUCCAUCCUUGAUACACCCGACUUCUUGAGAGCCAAGCAAGGACAAAAAAUACAGAGCCAGUACUUGUAUGUGGAACUUGCCACAAAAGAGAGACCCUAUCAUCAUGCUGAUGGUCAGACACCAACCUUUACACAUGCUAGGAAUAUAAAGGACAUGGUCAGUGAGAAAAAGUAUAAAACCCAGUAUGAGAAGAUGAAGGACAAAUACACGCCUGUCCCUGACACACCAGUCUUGAUCAGAGCCAAGAGAGCGUACCUGAAUGCCAGUGAUUUGCGCUACAAAGAAACCUUUGAGAAUACUAAGGGCAAAUACCACACAGUGAAAGACGCUUUGAAUAUAGUCUAUCAUCGAAAGGUCACCGAUGAUAUUAGCAGCGUGAAAUACAAGGAAAAUUACAUGAGCCAGUUAGGAAUUUGGAGAUCGAUCCCAGACCGGCCAGAGCACUUCCAUCAUCGCAUAGUCACGGAUGCUAUUAGUGAUGUUAAAUACAAGGAAGACUUAGCAUGGCUCAGAGGCAUUGGCUGUUAUGUGUGGGAUACUCCGAGUUUUGCUCUGGCAGAAAAGAAUAAGGUGCUCUACAGUGGGUGUAAGUACAAGGAGAUGUUUGAGAAGACUAAGUCUCAUUUUAAGUAUGUAGCUGACUCUCCAAUUAACGAGCAUUUUAAAUAUGCAACUCAGUUGGUGGAUGCGAAGUUAUAUAAAGCUGCCUAUGAGAAGCUCAAGGAUAAGUACAGCGUUAUUGUGGAUGAUCCUAAGAACCUCCUGGCCAAGUGGGGGACUACAUUGAGCAGUCAGGUUGCAUACAAAAAGGACUAUGAAAAGAAGAAAGACAAGUAUACGAUGGUUGUAGAUACUCCAGAACACUUAAGGACUACAAAAGUCAACAAACAGAUUAGUGAUAUUAUUUACAAGUUGGAAUACAACAAAGCGAAGCCGAGAGGCUAUACUACAAUCCAUGAUACACCUAUGUUACUGCAUGUGCGCAAGGUCAAGGACAGAAUAAGUGAUCUGAAAUACAAAGAAAUGUAUGAGAGGAAUAAAUCUCACUGCAAUGUCGUAGCAGAUUCAGUUCAUAUUAAGACUCCCAGGCAUGCUUACAAGCUAAACAGCAAUCUAGAUUAUAAAAAGCAAUAUGAAGCAGCCAAGGCUCAUUGGCACUGGAUUUCUGAUAGGCCUGACUUUGUUCAAGCAGCCAAGUCGUCUCUGCAACAGAGUGAUUAUGAGUACAAACUGGACCGGGAAAUCCUAAAGGGAUGUAAACUCUCUGUGACAGAUGAUAAAAACACUGUAUUGGCCUUAAAUAAUGCCAUCUUGGCGAGUGAUAUAAAAUACAAAGAGAAGCACAAUAAAGCUCGAGGGUCAUACCUUGUGGUUCCAGAUACACCUCAGAUCCUUCUGGCUAAGAAUGUCAGCUCUCUUGUGUCUGAGAACAAAUACAAAGAACACAGCAAGAAGCAGCUUCCACAUGGGUCUUACACAACCCUGCCAGAGACACGAGACACUGCUCAUGUGAAAGAGGUGACCAAGAAUGUCAGUGAGACAAACUAUAAAAAGAAGUUUGUCAAGGAGAAAGGCAAAUCUAAUUAUUCUGUCAUGCUGGAGCCUCCUGAAGUGAAACAUGCCAUGGAAGUUGCUAAAAAACAGAGUACAAUUGAAUACAAGAAAGAUGCCAAGUCAAAGCUCCACUAUACACCUAUUGCAGAUCGACCAGAUAUUAAGAAAGCAACUCAGGCUGCCAAGUUAAUUAGUGAUAUUGAAUAUAAAAAGCGUAGAGAAGCCGGCAUUGGUGUAAGCAUGCUGGGACGCCCAGAUAUUGAACUGGCAAAGGAGGUGUCCAAACUAACUAGCCAGGUGAAAUACAAGGAGAAUUUUUCCAAAGAGAUGGGUAAAAAGCCAAAGUAUGAUUUAAAGGAGGCUAAAAUCUACAAGACCAUGAAAGAUGCUCACAACUUGGCUAGUGAGGUGAAAUACAAGGCGGAUUUAAAGAAACUUCACAAGCCUGUCACUGACAUGUCUGAAUCGCUGAUCAUGAACCAUGUCCUGAGUACAAGCCAGCUCGCCAGUGCUUACCAGUACAAGAAGCAAUAUGAGAAGAGUAAGGGUCACUAUCUUGUGGUGCCAGAUAAUCUUGAACAGGUUCAUCUAAGGGAGGCAUCAGAACUACAGAGCCACGUGAAAUACAGAGAAAAGUAUGAGAAAGAAAAAGGAAAACCUAUGUUGGACUUUGAAACACCAACAUACCUUACUGCAAAGGAAUCUCAGCUCAUGCAGAGUGAGAAAGAAUAUAAGAAGGACUUUGAAGAGAACAUUAAGGGCAGAAACCUUACUGGCUUGGAGGUUACACCAUCGUUAUUACAUGUCAAAUAUGCAACCAAAAUAGCAAGCGAGAAAGAGUACAGGAAGGAUCUGGAGGAAGGUGUCAAAGGUAAAGGACUAACCUCUUUAGAAGAAACUCCAGAUAUGCUAAGAGCAAAGAAUGCAACUCAAAUCCUGAAUGAGAAAGAGUACAAAAAAGCCUUGGAAUUAGAAAUCAGAGGAAAAGGUCUGACAGAACUGGCUUUGGAGACACCAGAUUUUGUGAGAGCAAAGAAUGCCACUGACAUUGCCAGUCAGAUCAAAUACAAACAAUUGGCAGAAAUGGAGAAAGCCAACUACACCAGUGUUGUUGAUACUCCGGAGAUUAUUCAUGCCCAGCAGGUCAAGAACCUUUCGAGCCAGAAAAAAUAUAAGGAAGAUGCAGAAAAGAGCAUGCCAUACUAUGUGCCUGUAGCAGACACACCAGAAAUACAGAGAGUCCGUGAGAAUCAGAAGAACUUUAGCACACUUCAGUAUCAGUGGGACCUACAGAACAGUAAAGGAAAAGUUACAGUUGUACAAGACACACCAGAAAUGCUGCGUGUGAAAGAAAACCAGAAGAAUUUCAGCUCGAUUUUAUAUAAAGAAGAUAUUGGAACUGGAACUACUAUUGAAAAGACACCAGAGAUGCAGAGAGUUAAACGAACCCAGGAUGCAAUCAGCUCGGUUAAAUACAAGGAGAGUAUUGGGAAAGGAACUCCAAUUCCUGAUCUUCCAGAAGUGAAGCGUGUAAAGGAGACACAGAAGCACAUCAGUUCGGUGUUGUACAAAGAGGACCUAGGGACAGGUAUCCCAACACCUGUCACUCCAGAAAUAGAGAGAGUCAAACGCAAUCAAGAACACAUUAGCUCGGUGUUAUACAAAGAGGGCUUAGGGACUGGCAUCCCAACAUCGCUUACUCCAGAGAUGGAGAGAGUCAAACGUAAUCAAGAGAACAUUAGCUCGGUAUUGUACAAAGAGGGGCUGGGCAUUGGAACCCCAGUACCUGUCACUCCUGAGAUGGAGAGGGUCAAACGCAACCAAGAAAACUUUAGCUCGGUGUUGUACAAAGAGGAUCUGGGGACAGGAACCCCAACACCUGUCACUCCUGAGAUUGAAAGAGUCAAACGCAAUCAAGAGAACUUUAGCUCGGUGUUGUACAAAGAGGAUCUGGGGACAGGAACCCCAACACCUGUCACUCCUGAGAUUGAAAGAGUCAAACGCAAUCAAGAACACAUUAGCUCGGUGUUGUACAAAGAGGAUCUGGGGACAGGAACCCCAAUACCUGUCACUCCUGAGCUUGAGAGAGUCAAACGCAAUCAAGAACACAUUAGCUCGGUGUUGUAUAAAGAGAACAUAGGGAAAGCAACCCCAACACCUGUCACUCCCGAGAUGGAAAGAGUCAAACGCAAUCAAGAAAUCAUUAGCUCGGUUUUGUACAAAGAAAAUGUGGGGAAAGUGACCCCAACACCAGUCACUCCAGAGAUGGAGAGAGUGAAACGGAACCAAGAAAUCAUUAGCUCGGUGUUGUACAAAGAAAACUUGGGGCGAGCAACCCCCACCCCUAUGACUCCAGAGAUGGAGAGAGUCAAACGCAAUCAAGAACACAUUAGCUCGGUUGUAUACAAAGAAGGCUUAGGGAAGGCAACCCCCACUCCGGUUACUCCAGAGAUGGAGAGAGUCAAACGCAAUCAAGAACACAUUAGCUCGGUUUUGUACAAGGAACAUCUGGCAAAAGGAACUCCAACACCAAUGACUCCAGAGAUGGAGAGAGCUAAACGCAAUCAGGAAAACAUCAGCUCGGUUCUUUAUUCAGACAGUUUCCGAAAACAAGUACAAGGCAAAGCUGCGUAUGUACUGGAUACACCUGAGAUGCGGCGUGUGCGAGAGACCCAGAAAAACAUCUCUACAGUGAAAUACCAUGAAGAGUUUGAGAAAAGCAAAGGUAGUUUCACACCUGUAGUUACUGACCCCAUUACAGAACGCGUGAAGAAGAACAUGCAGGACUUCAGUGACAUUAGCUACAGGGGCAUCCAACGGCGAGUAGUGGAAAUGGAGCGAAAGCGCGUGGACCAGGAUCAAGAGACGCUCACAGGUCUUCGUGUGUGGCGCACUAAUCCUGGUUCAGUCUUUGACUACGACCCAGCAGAAGACAAUAUUCAGUCCAGAAGCUUACAUAUGAUCUCUGUCCAAGCCCAGCGCCGCAGCCGGGAGCACUCCCGCUCUGCCAGUGCCUUGAGCCUCAGUGGUGGCGAUGAGAAGUCCGAACCCUCAGAUGGCGUGGAUCAACAUUUGUCCUACUACAGCAGUGGAGGCCUCUUUGCCACUACAACAGUGGGCUACAAGCACGCUAAAACCAUAGAGUUACCCCAGCAACGGUCAUCAUCAGUUGCCACCCAGCAAACAACAGUAUCAUCGGUUCCCUCCCACCCAUCUACUGCUGGGAAGACCUACCGGGCCAUGUAUGACUAUAUGGCAGCUGAUUCUGAUGAAGUUUCCUUCAAAGACGGUGACACAAUUGUAAACGUACAAUCCAUUGAUGAAGGCUGGAUGUAUGGCACCGUCCAGAGAACCGGCAAGACUGGCAUGCUGCCUGCCAAUUAUGUAGAAGCUGUCUAAACCCAACCACCUCUUCCCAUAAAGCACAUCAGCAUGGCAUGGACAUGCCGGAGCCUUAGGAAAGGGUCUGUAACACUUUCUCCAAAGUGCCUUAUUGUCUUCCAUGUUGAUAGCGCCUUAUGAACUGUGUGGGGGAAAAAAGUAACUGCAGAGCAAAAUACUCUUGAAACAUCCUUCCAAAACAUAUUUGAAAACUACCACCUGUAAGCACACUACCAGGCAUUGCUCAGAACGCUAUUUCUUCCAAUGCCAAAAAAAGCAACACCCUACAUUUUAAAAAUAUUGCCUGGAACUUUCAAGCACCACUAUGCCGGAACAUGAUCCAGCUCAGUCUCUCCAAAGUUCUCUACAUGUACUUAUGACUAAGAUUACCAAAUAUUACUUUAUUCAUUCUCCCAUAGAGAGAGUAUUUUUCUGGGCUAUUCUAAAAUGUUUGAAUUUAUUCACUUCUUUUCAAUACAAGCAAUAUUUAAGCUUAGUAUCUCAAACCAACAUUUAUCUGGGGCUGGUGGGGAAACCAAACCCCAACCCGAAAGCCUGUCCUUCUGCUUGCUGAGCUCUUGUGCACGUGAUUUUCAUGCAACUGUUCUGGGGUCAAAAGCUAUUAUUACUUGUAAAUUAGUGCCUAAAUAAAGCUAAU